AUGCAAUACACAUUUGAGGAAAACGAAGACAUGGAAAACAUGCUUUCAAAACAAAAUGCAUUUGGAAAGCUUACUUUGUCUCCUGAUGUAACUUCAAAGGUGAGGAAACCAGUUGAAAGUUUUACCUACAAAGGAUGCAUAAAUUUAAAGACAAAGUCGGAUCAGUAUGGUUGCUUUAUCACAGGAUGUGUUCUUCUGUCCUCUAACAAACUUGUGGUGGCUGACAAGGAUAACGAAAAACUGAAAGUUGUUGAUAUCAAAGACAAAGCUGUAAUAGAAGAGAUAACACUAUCUUCACAACCAUGGGAUAUUGCAGUAAUGCCCCUGGACCAGGUUGCUGUGACAAUGCCAGAUAAGAAAGAGAUCCUUAUUAUGACAACAGCAGGAAAACUGCCAACUAUCUUCAAGUUCCCAGUUAAAGGAGAAUGUAGAGGUGUAGAUUUCCAUCAAGGCCAUCUCUAUAUAGUUUCCAUUGAUCCGAAGUGUGUAUUUAUUACAGAUACACAAGGUAACGUCCAGAACACAAUUAAUCUGGAUAAUAAGAUAUCUGGCACACCUAACUACUUACUACUAAGUAAGGAUCCGAUACAUAUCUUUAUUAGUAUCUAUGGUAGUAACAGUGUCGUCGAUAUAACAUUACAAGGUGAUACAUCUGCUGAAUACAAAAACAAAGACUUUAUAUCACCAGAGGGAAUGAUGAUAUCAGACGAUGGAUCCUUGCUGGUGUGUUGCAGUAGUAUGAAAGGCAGCAUACAUGGCAUUUCUGCUGAUUUGAAUCAAGGUGACACGAUGUAUGAUGAACUGUCUUUUCCAUACUCUCUCUGCUAUAAUCGUGAUCAACAUGAGGUCUAUGUCGGAUGUGUUAAUGAUUACAUGAUUGUGUUGAGUGCCAAAUAA